UGUCUUGUGACUAGCAGUUCGUUUUGUCAUUUUUGUAAAUAAAAAUAUUGGGUUGGAUGGUUAAAAUUAAAAUACAACUUUAAUAUUGUUAAAUUCUAAGUUAUGUCAUCAAAAGAGGAUAACAUAGAAGCGAAGCAAUUAAGUGAAGAAAUAUGUAUAAGCAAAAAAGAACUGGAAGAACAAGUUAAAGAAAUUAUGAUGGAAAUGCUCUCAAAUUUGCUAGAAAAUUAUAGUAACUAUAAUUUUACGGAAAAAUCUACAUUAGAAAUACCUGGAAAUAGCAAAAGAGAUUCAAUUGAAAAUGUUAACAAACAAGUAGUACCACUGGAUACAGCUACAUAUAGUACUUUACAAUUGGUUAAGCGAAGUAAUAUGUCACGACCAAAAAUUAUAUUUAGCAAAGACACGAAAGAUACUCCGUCUGUCCAUGAUGCUGAAGCGCUAGCAACACCUCAAAGAAAAAUAUUAGUUUAUCCCAUUAGAUCAGCAAUGAGAACACCUUCCAGGCAUUACAUCAUUCAUGCCUAUGAUGAAUCAAGGGGGCAUAUGUUAGGUGACCCAAUUUUAAGAAAAGAUUUUACUAGCAAAAUAAUGUUUUAUGUGACUGUUCAAUUGGUCAUCACGUUUGCGUUAAUCUUUAGUUGUAUUUACAUAAAAUCUGUGAUGGAAUUUAUAAUUCAAAAAUUGUUAUUGGUAUUUUGUGUUAUUGCUGUACAGUUGGUAAGUUUCAUCAUCAUCCUGUGCACUGAUUCCGCUAGGAAAGCUGCGCCUUACAAUUACAUCCUGUUGACCAUUUUUACUCUUUGCUCGUCUUAUGUUUGUGGGUACAUAACUUUAAAAUACAGCAUUGCAACUGAUAUGUUAAUAAGUACUGGUAUAACUGUGGCAGUUCUUAUUACAGUAUGUCUCAUCUCAUGGAUAAAUUUAUUUGAUUUUACAACUUGGUAUUACGCAAUCGAUAUCCUACUCUUAUCCACGUUAAUAUUUUAUUUAAUAUCUUCCGUUUUUUACUGGGUUACUGGCAGUCUUAUUUUGCAAUAUAUAUUUUUCUGUUUGUUUUUUGUGGUAAUGAUCAUAUCGCUUCUACAUCAGAUGGAGCUGAUAUUAGGCAAACGAAAACAUGCAAUGGAUAUAGAGGAAUCUCUUCUAGCUGGUGUUAUAGUCUAUGUCGAAACGUUAGUUAUUUAUUGUACUUUAUUGUUAAUAAUCGAAGGUCCUACUUAAUAAAAUGUACUGUAGGGUAGGUAGAAAAGAAAUCAUUAGGAGGAUUAAAAAAACUCUAACUAAAGUCAUCAACUAUUUUACUAUAAUCUAAAAAAAGUAGUUAUUUGUUAAUACUAAAUACCAUUUUGUAAAGGGAUUGCCUUAAGGGGAGACUUUUUCAAUUGAAUUUAUGUUUUCAAUUCUAGAAGAUUAGUUUAACUGCAAAUAAAUUUAUAUCACUAAACUUUGUAUGUUAUUAUUUUUCAUUUAUCACUUCUUUAUUAUAAUUAUCACUCUGAUAACCUUUUUUUGAAAUAAGGAUGAGGUGGAUCACUAAAAAUUUAGUAGGUGUGAUAUAUGGUAUCAUCCUCUAUUCAAACAUUUAUUAAAACUAUGUACCAAAAUUAUAUAAUUAUAAAGAAUCAUCGAACACAAUAUUUACUUUGAUAAUUUGAUAGACAAGUGAUUUCUAAUUUGCCACUAAAUAAAGAGUAAUGGACAUUUCUCUGUACCAUAAUUGUCAAAUCGGUGAAAUUUCAAAAGCGAAAGCUUUAUUAUUGUAUAUUUCAUAUCAUAGAAAUUGAGAAACAUAAAAGGCAAGUUAGAGAGAAAAAUGUUACACCUGCGUUGUCUAAAAGCGUUUUAAAUGUUACCAGAAAAAAUAUUAUGGCACAAUUGCGUUCUUCAAGUAAUUUCUAGUUAAGAUUAUAGUUCUGAUGAGACGUAAUGAGACCAAAUGGUCAUAUUUGGGUUUUAACAAUGAAAUUUGG